AUGCCGGGGAUCAGCGCCUUAGAGCUGCAUCCUGCCAGCUUGUACGCUGGCGACACGAUCGAGUAUUACUCUAUGGCAUUCGUUUCAGACGACCCGCGAGGGUAUCACACUGCAGUCGUCCUCCGGGUCCACGAGGAUGCCGCUGCAGAUUACCCCAUCACCGUGGACAUGGAGGAGCUCCUACCGCGCGACUUGAUGUUCCCGGAGAGUUCAGCGCUCCUACUCGGUCCAGCUCCUUCUGUACAGCGAUCUCCGGUGCUGUUACUGAUGCAUUCGCAUCAAUUAUGCUACAACUACGUGGUCCACCUGAGGAAACUGCUGGAGACGGAUCAGAAUCUGAACACAAGCUUCACUGAUUGUGGAUCCCGUUCACCGCCACCCAGCACCUCCGUACACGACGGUACGGAGCCGGAUGGCAAUGAAGCUUCACUUACGACCGCAAAUCCAACGAACGCAAGCGCGGAGAUCACACACCCGCCCUCUCCACUGAUUGUUAGAGGAGUGUCGCUAGUGUGCGACAACAGCAUGCGCUCGAGCACCUCAGGACCAGACGUCGAGCAUGAUGCAGGGAGUGGUAACAUUCGCGAAGAUGAAGGCGCGAGUGCUGGUAGUGAGGAAAAAGCUUCUCCGUCUCCCGGCGAUAUCGCUCCGGUACCCAUCGAUCAGGAGAUAUUGGACGCGGACGAGUACCUACAUUCCAUACCUACGCGGCUUGAAAGAGCCAAGAUUAGGCACCAGCCAAAGAAGAGGGCUGGAGGGUUGCACGUGCCUCGCUCGAGGAAACGGCGUCACCAGGUAGAUACGUACGUGACCAAUGGCAUUAUAUUUCCUGAUAUUGGAGCCUUCCACAAGUGCCGGUGCAUCGGCUGGGACUGCUGCGACAACGUGGACGCAGCCGUGUACUGCACGACUCCGUGUUGCAAGUUGCGGGCACGCUGCAGCAAUGCGCCCAUUGUUCGUUCCACUCUCAAACGCUUCGACACGCAUCGUGUCGGCCUCGGAGUCUACACAACCACCAAGUUGGACGUUGGUGACAUUGUAGGCGAGUAUACUGGCGAGCUUAGCUAG